GCUCCUGGAACAGCUCGUCAGACCGUCCCGAGCCCCUCCCCCAGCUAGCAGUGAUAGCAGUGGCUAAGCUACAUGCUAGCUGGCGCUUUGAGAAGAUGGCAACGGACUGGCAAGCUUCAGCUAUUGAGCAAGCCGAAUUGAUAUCCAGUCGUCUCAGAGACCUGUUAUCCACCGGGGAGGGAUUUAUCCGGUCGGAGUUGGGACUGACGCCUGAGCUGUACCCGUCCUGGGUGAUACUCUCCACGGCCGCGGUUGGGCUGUUGGCGGUGCUGGUUCUGUCGUGGGCCGCGGUCUGUGGCCGACUCUUCGCUGGGAAGAAGCUAGGAGCUCCAGUUACACAAGACAGUGGUGAUUCCCUCAAGGCCCAAGUGAAUAAGAUUGUGAAGCCCGAGGCACAAAAUAAAAAGACGAAAAAGAAAUCAACUGAAAAGCAGAAGGCUCAGUAUAAUGGACGAACAGUGCCAGAGCCUCAGGAGGAAGUGAGAGAAGAAAUUACCAAACCUUCUCCAGAGAUUAAAACUGAGGUGAAGAAAACCAAGAAGAAAGCCAAACCCGAGGUGAAACCAGCCAAGAGGGUUUCUGCUGGCGAUGGCAAAGAGCCUGAUGAUGGUGCGUGGGAGACUAAGGUAAGUAACCGGGAGAAGCGGCAGCAGAAGAGGAAGGAGAAGGGGCCUGACGGGUCAGGAAGCCCGGAGGGGGUGGAGGUACCUCACCGCCAGGUGGAACAGCCCCCUCUCACCGCCCCGGUCAACAGGAAGAACAGAGAGCCCUUGCACCCGAGGACUGGGAAAGGAGAUUCUUUCACGACACCGGUGUCCACCAGCUGGAGAGAGGAGCCGUCAGUGAACGGUGGAGGGUGGCCAGAUAUCUCCAUGAAGCUGCCCACCCAUAUAUGCUCUUCGGACGGGGAGAAGUGGCCGGCCAUCCCUAAAGGACCCCGACACUUGAACUCCGAACCCACCUGGAGACAGGACACUGAAGGGUCGUGGAGUGGGGUUGAUGGGAGGAUGAAGACUGAACUCAACACAUUACCCUCCUCUGUACUGGGACUGAAGACUAUAGAGCACAUCACCCAUCCUGCCUCUGAGCUGCAGUGGGAAAGCCCCUCUCCUGUUGAUGACUGGUCAGGACUAAACGGUAUUGCAGCAGCAGCGGACCCCAGCUCAGACUGGAACGCCCCUACAGAGCCGUGGGGGCAUUAUGAGGGACCCCAGGUGGUAGAGGCCCCCGGAUCCCCGCCCCAGGACCCCGCACCCAACCACCCCCAGGGGGCACAGGGGUCAGACGAUGACACGGAGAAGGAUGACUCUGCCAGGUCCAAGAAGAAGAAGAAGAAGAAGAGGAAGAAAGCUGAGGAAGGUGGUGCUACAGGACAGGUGACCUCUGACGGCAGCAUGCCAGUCACACCAGUGGAGAGUUCAGCGCUUCCCCCAGCAGGGACCAAACAGUCCAUCUCUCAGCCGUCCUCACAGAAAAUAUCCGACCCGAGCUUCGAUGCUCCCAAGCCGUCCCAGAAGAAGAAGGCCCGGAAAGAGACAGGAAGUUAAGAAACAAGAACCCACAUGAAUUAUUAUGCAAAAGGAUUGUUCAAUGUGUUAUAAAUGCAAUCAAUCAUUUGCAAGUACAGAGUUUUUAUACAGAAUAGUUUUACUGUACUUUUUAAAUAUCCCCAAAAAAAGAGAGAGAACAGUGAGUGACCAGCUCAUUUAGCUGGGGUCUGGGGACCAGCUCAUUUAGCUGGGGUCUGGGGACCAGCUCAUUUAGCUGGGGUCUGGGGACCAGCUCAUUUAGCUGGGGUCUGGGGACCAGCUCAUUUAGCUGGGGUCUGGGGACCAGCUCAUUUAGCUGGGGUCCCCGGGGACCUAUCAGCCUAAUCUAACCUAUGUACACUAAAUGCUACACUGAAGUGGAAUAGGGGGUUUAGGAGGGAGGUUGUUAACUUGCGGUGAGGUACAAGUUUGUGAAUUAUUCAAAAGUAGCUUGUGUACCAGAGUCCUAGCUAGCUAGCUAGCUAGCUAGCUAGCUGGUACAGUGUCACCCCACCUGUGUACCAGAGUCCUAGCUAGCUAGCUAGCUAGCUAGCUGGUACAGUGUCACCCCACCUGUGUACCAGAGUCCUAGCUAGCUAGCUAGCUGGUACAGUGUCGCCCCACCUGUGUACCAGAGUCCUAGCUAGCUAGCUAGCUGGUACAGUGUCGCCCCACCUGUGUACCAGAGUCCUAGCUAGCUAGCUGGUACAGUGUCGCCCCACCUGUGUACCAGAGUCCUAGCUAGCUAGUACAGUGUCGCCCCACCCACCUGUGUACCAGAGUCCUAGCUAGCUAGCUGGUACAGUGUCGCCCCACCUGUGUACCAGGGUCCUAGCUAGCUAGUACAGUGUCGCCCCACCCACCUGUGUACCAGAGUCCUAGCUAGCUAGCUAGCUGGUACAGUGUCACCCCACCUGUGUACCAGAGUCCUAGCUAGCUAGCUAGCUAGUACAGUGUCGCCCCACCCACCUGUGUACCAGAGUCCUAGCUUAAAUAUGGACCAAUUGAAGUAUAAAGAGGGGUGAAGAUAUGAAGUACUUAGACACCAGUAGAGACAGUAUGACAGGAAGUACUUCCAGACACCAGUAGAGACAGUAUGACAGGAAGUACUUAGACACCAGUAGAGACAGUAUGACAGGAAGCACUUCCAGACACCAGUAUGAGACAGGAAGUACUUAGACACCAGUAGAGACAGUAUGACAGGAAGCACUUCCAGACACCAGUAUGAGACAGGAAGUACUUAGACACCAGUAGUAUUGUUCUCUGCUGUGUAUGAGAGGGUUCUUAUCUUAACCUCUCUUCUUCCAACCUAUCUGGUGGGAAAAGGCCAUGCCAUAUGUACAGAAUACAAGGGCUUUUCCUAAUGUGUCAUUUUUCUGGGAUUGAUUGAUUGCACUGUCAGGCUGGAUCCUAUACUUUAUCUUUGAUGUUUUCAUGAUUCUUGUCUUUUUUAAAAAAAAUACCGUUUAGCAGAAUGUGAAGGUGUAAUUCCUGGUUGUGACUUUAGAUGGAAGUCAAUGUGCUGAUAAGGGAGAGGAGGAGGAGGAGGAGGAGGAGGAGGAGGUACUGAAGAUGAGACGUCGUGUGAAGCAGCUUUAAUUCCAUGUCAGUCAUUUUAAAGGUAUCAGUGAACUGAAUUGUAUUGCCUUAACCUGUAGUAUAUUAGUAAGUGCAUUUAUUUACAUCUGUUUUGUGAUAGUUUUCAGAUCAAGGGCUGAGGGGGGGUUACCGCAUCCAUCCUAUUGCAUAGUUUGGUUCUAAAAAAAAAAAAAUGCAUUUAGUCUCUUGACUGACGACCGCACUCAUACAGUAUGAUUUAAAGAACGGGCAGGUUACUACUUCUGAUUUGGUACUUUAUCACUCACUGUAUAUAGCCUUGAAUGAGCGGAAGGACUGGGAUUGAGGGCUGACAGCCUGCCUACGCUUUAGCUGAAAUCAAAUGGGCUGUAUUAUUGGUAGCUUUUGAGUGUGUGAAGAAGAGCGUUGCCAAAAUGGAGGCUCUUGGCUCAGUGUUUUACAGCCCAUAGUUCUCUGUAGACUAGAUCAGUCUGGUGACACUGCACUCACCUGCACUCUCUCUGUUGAUCAUUAACCUUUUUAAAAGAUGAUUCAAUCAUGUAUUUAUACCUUCUCCUUUAGAAGAAUGAUUUUGUUUAUGAAGAAAUGCAAUGAUUUUUUUCAAGGUUUGUUGAAAUAAAACAAUAUAACUCCUAA